GGUGGUACAACAACACGGCCGGUCUGUUGUCGAAUCGGAUCAUGCCGCCGAUGGCAAACGGAACUCGCCGGAAGUGUACAUAGUGAGUUGUGAAUUCGAUAGCAGCAGCAGAAGAGAGAAACAGUUUUUCGGUGACGAACAAACAUGAGCAAAGCGGCGAUCGUCACCUGCACCGCCCUCCUGACGUUUUACAUUGUGCUUUCGGCCGCGUUCGAAAUACCGGACCGGUACAAGAAGCCGGCCAAAAUGUUGCACGAGCUCUGUGUGGCCGAGUCGGGCGCAUCGGAGGAACUGUUGCGCCAAUGUAUGGACGGGACGGUGCACAGCGACCCGGCCGUCAAGUGCUACAUCCACUGUCUGUUCGACAAGAUCGACGUGAUCGAGGAGGGUACGGGGCGCAUCCUGCUCGACCGGCUGCUGUACAUCAUCCCGGACGACGUGAAGGAUGCGGUCAACCAGCUCACACGCGCAUGCAGCCACAUCGUAACGCCGGACAAGUGUGACACCGCCUACGAAACGGUCAAAUGUUACUUCAACGCGCACGAUGAGGUGAUCAAGUUUUGUCACCUGCUGGUGAUAGAAUAAAUGGGGCAAUCGGCUUUACCUACCUACAUCAACUGGCACUCGCAGCACCAAAGGUACAGUUUCAGCAUACGGAUUUCGGUUAAGACUUGGAUGGAAAACGUGACGCGUUUUAACCUAACAAUUAAGGGCAGCCGUACGUGUACAGGACCGAUAUUAAUAAGAGGAUUUAGCUCAAAAUGGAAAUAUACUUCGAGAGUACUUGAGAAAUA